CUCAAUUGAUUGCUGCGGUGCUCAGUGACUACGUCUGAGCAGUUGCUCGUCUGACCCAUGGUUUACUACAUUCGUUUCCUCAAGACCCCUCGGUUGCUGAAGCAGAAGCCCGGGUCUGUAUCCGUCUCCGCGCUGAUCUGCAUCACCACCGAUCUGGGCGAUGCAUUUCUCGCACAAGAUGUGGAUUUGCUCCUAACACUGGGUCUCAAUGACUCGGGGAAAGUCCUGUAUCAAGAACCUUUAAAUUGGAAGGCGGGCAAGCGCGAGCUUCCCAUAACGCUUGGACCAUUCUCUGCCAAUCUUGCCCAACAGGCAAUCGUCCUAAGCGUGACUGCUGCUGGGCUUAAAAAGCCUCGCUCAUCCUCACCCGAUCGACUUCUAGAUACCUCUAAUCUUCCUUUGGUAAUUUCGGCCUGGAGUGCACCCUUUGGUGGACCGCACUCUCUUGUGUCUGAAAAGCUUGUUGAAAGACGGUUUGGGCCGAAGGAUCGACUAGGCCUCCGAAUCUGGGAAGAGACGGGAAACAGCAUCGCCCGGCAUAUCUGGGAUGCAGCAAUUGCUUCGGUCAUAUAUCUCCAGCGGAUAAUCGCUGGAGACCCUGCGGUCUCUGCACCGUUACUGCAAGGCCUUCUACAAGGCCAACGCACUUCUCCUCUCCAUGUUCUCGAACUGGGAUCUGGCUGUGGCAUUGUUGGAAUUGCUCUUGCAGAGCUACUCCCUCAAUGUUCCGUGGUUCUCACUGAUCUACCUGAAGUAGAGGAAAUUGUAACUCAGAACAUAGACGUUGCGAGACCGACUGAUUCCUCCGGGAUCGAAUUUCGUACACUUGACUGGGACGAGGAACUUCCGAGCGAUCUGUGUGGAGGCUCAGUCGAUCUGGUUCUUGUUUCAGACUGUACUUACAAUGCAGAUAGUUUGCCUGCUCUCGUUUCAGUGCUGAAACGCUUAGUACAGAUGUCUCCCGAGGCUAUCAUCUUGGUCGCACUGAAGAGAAGGCAUGAGAGCGAGUCUAUCUUCUUUGAUCUCAUGCAGUCCGCCGGGCUCUUCAGUCUGCAUUUAGAUCAAAUGCAGCUUCCAUCUCAACAUGACCAGCUGGAUCAGAUUGAGUUGCAUUGCUAUGGCCGUGAAAGAUACAUUUCCAAUUGACGCUCACCAGUUACUCACUGAGACAACCGUGGUACCCUGGGAUUCAGCCCAUACAACUUGGCGCCAGCAGAAUGUUUUGAGUCCCUUCCUGCACACAGAAUAGACUAUGUUGGUGUAUAAAGCAAUACCAGCGGACGGGACUAUCCUUCUCCGACUGCUUCUCGUGCAUUCUCAUGCAUGUAUCCAGGAGCCCACAAAUUCUGGCUUUUGUGUUAUUCUCGUGAUUUGGGCUCAUCUGGGGAAUAAGCUAAACCCCAACUCCCUAUCUCGAGUCCAAGGCCUUUUUGACUGUCCCUGA